GUCAGACACUUCAUAGCUGGGUCCGAUCACAAUCGCUUUUUCAUAUAUUGUACUGACCAGAAACGAAGAAUGAACGUGCUCAGGUCGAUCAUCCUGCUGUGCUUCUUGGCUAUCUGUCUGGCCCCGAGGCAAGCCGAGGCACAGGCCAAAAUUAAUGACCAAUGGAGCAAGCUGAGCAAGUGCGGCCAGGUGGGCGUCGAGGCGGUGGCCAAGCUCAUCAGCAACAUCAUUCCAGCGAUCUACGAGAUGCAGAUAUGCUCCUUCUAUACGGCGCUUCCCCCGAAGGAUGGCAACCGAAAAUCGGCGAUGUGGUACAUCAAGAACCUUUAUCGGUUCUUCAAGAAGCUGGUCUUGGAUAAGCCAAAGUGCCUCAAGCUCCUAGUGACCCAGGCAACGGAUCUGAUCAAACCAUAUUCCGAACAAAUCGAGAAGUUGCAAUGCCUGGAGGAGAAAGACUAUAUCUUCUAGAAAGGAUAUAAAAUGUAUAAAUAUAUCCUAAAUUGCAAUAAAUCGAGAGCAGAGCCUUUGCAUGCCACAAUAGCAAUCAAA